AUGGACACACCCCAGCAGCCCCCGCACGCCCAGCCAACACGAACACACCACCACCCGCCACAGCCCAUCGCCUCCCACAACACCAUCGCCCAAACAACACCCGACCUAGAAUCACUCCGCCUGGCCCUCUGUCCCCCCAGCCCAGCCGAACACAGCCCUCCCCAGCACCCCACAGGCCCAUACCUCUACGACCAGUCCCCCAGGCACCGCCGCUCGCUCCGCAAACGCUCCCUGCUCCCCCGCCAGUCCCUCCAGGGCAACGGCAGCGGGCCCAGUGCCGAUGGAUACCCCAGCUGCACCGCCGUAUCCAACGCCAUCCUCUCAUGCUUCCCCGAACCACACACCCUGCUCGUCCAGCACAACUGGAGCAAAUUCAUCUGGAACAACAACUACCCGAGCUUCAUCGGAUCCAAAUUCGUCGACAUCUAUCUAUACAACGCCAACUCGGAAAACCCCGUUGCGAACUGGACCGAGAUCCCGAACGACCGCGGGAUGAUCGGGAUCUAUGCCGACGACUCGUGGUUCCCGCCGCUGACCAGCUGGCAGGCCGGGCGCAACCUGACCUUCCCCUACUUCUUCGUCAUCACCACCGCCGGAGCCGCGCUCACCGGCGGCGAGCAGCACCAGGCCACCUUCCGCGUCGUCCAGACCGCCCCCCCGCAGGCCUUCAUCACCGCCUCGCUCGCCUCGGUCUCCAGCCAGCUCGUCGCUUCCUUGGCCAGCCACUCCUUCCUCACCCCCUCGGCCACCCCCAACUCCAACCUCCAGCCAGGAUCAAGCGGCGAUGCCUUCCCGCGCUGGGAGAUCGCACUCAUCGUCGUCCUUGGCUCCUUCGCCCUGCUCAUCUUCCUGGUAGCCGCCUACCUGGCCUUCACCAAUGCGCGCAAGCGGAGACAGGUUCGGAUCUGGCAAGCCGCGGCUCUAGGGGGCAAGUCGGGCAGCGGCGGGAGCGUGGCGAGCCACAGCCCGAUGAUCCAGAACACCGAAGGCGCGGCGUUGAUCGGCCACCCGAAGAGCCGCGGCGGCGGUGGCGCGCUCGGGGUGACGUCGGCCCGGGACCUGCAUUCGCCCAACAGCUCGCGCCCCGGCUCGCCCCUCUCGGCCCACAACGCCCCCACCAACACCUUCGCCUUCCCCCCCGCCGACCACCACCAUCCUGCGGCGGCCCCCGGCUCAGAGGCCGUGCCCACUCCCGACGGCCCGAUCACCUCGGUGGAUGCGACGAUCAUGGCCGACGCCUUCCGCAAGGCCCUCCGCAACGUCCGCGAGUCGAUGCAUGCCCAGGUGCUCGACGAGGACCAGAUGGGCCUCGAUGGCCCCGAGGACGACGAGCUCGACGGCGACGAGGCCAAGGAAAUCAUGGACCGCGAGCUCGCUAGCGAGGGCCGCAGCAUGACCUCGGUCGAUAACCGCAAGCGGCCCCAGGUCCACGGCUGA